ACCUCACCAUGUUCGUGAUUUGCGACAAAUAUAAAAAACGGUCCGAACUUGGCGAUCCCUCGGAUCUCACAUGCAACCCGUCCUAAAAUGGUUUAGUCGAAGAGCCUUUCCGACCUCACCAAAGGUCGUCAAUUCCUAGAUACAUAAAAACAUCAUACAAUAGCCAUGGCGUCCGCAUUACGACUGACGACGCUACGCCACGCCCUCCGCCAGCCAUCGCGCACACAAUCCCUCGUCUACCAGCGACGAUGGGCACAGGUUCAAGAUGUCCGAUUCCUCGCAACCCAUCACUCGGAGGAUCGCAUCCUCGCAAAGUACAAAGAGAAGCUUGAGUCCAAAGCGAAAGAGGCGGGAUUGAAGGACGUUUCAGAGCUCAAGGAUGCCUACAAAGACAAGAUCAGUGAUCUGCGCAAACAGGCUGCAGUUCCAGGCGCAACUGCACCUUUGACGCCUCCGCCGUCUCCAUCAUCAACGUCAUCAUCACCACCCUCGCCCUCCAGUGCUUCAUCGCCCUGGCCGUCACCACCACCGCCCCCGAAACCACAGUCCGACUCUGCCGCUCCGGCCCCUCCUCCAGGCGUCAAGACCCUCAACUCGUUUCUCGACAUCGACAAAGUCUCAACUCUGCCGGAGAAAGAGAUCCAAGCCCUCUGGCGUCUCCGCCACGCCAACAACGAACAAUCGAUACAUUUCGAUCUGCCAGCAUCCACCUUCCAAACCCUCUUGACAACCGCGAAGAAGCACCCCUCCUUCGUCCUCCCACUGCCCCGUCAGGUCCCAACCGAUGAUGCUGCCGCUGCCGACCAAGGCGCAACGAGCCAAGCCGCCGAACUUCACUACCUCCAAUUCACACACCCCCACAAAGACACCACAACACUCCUCUUCACCUCCCUCGCCGAGUUCAAACUGAGGGGCGAGUUCGCGAGCCCGCACACCACCAUCACAUUCCACUCCGAGCUGGCGAACAGCCACCAGCUCGUCCUGGGCCAGGGACUCGUCGUCGAGGGCAGAGGCGUCACGGUUGACGAGGCCCGCUGGUUGAUCAUGUGCAUGCAAAAGUUCUACGUCGUGAACGAGGAGGGCCGGAACAGAGGGGAGCUACUUGACAUGUUCACCCGUGGUGAUGGGGGCUUCAAGGUCGAGCGUCUGUUGGAGGAAGCGGAGAAGAUUCUGUGAUUUCUGUUAUAGAUAAUACAUGGAAUGGAAGACGGAAAGACAGAAGAAAGAAAAUUGGAUGUACAUCAUGUAACUACUGUAUGAAUAAUGCAUAAAGAAAGACGACGAAUUAGUGUCAUAUACACGCUCACUUAGAAAUUUCACUCAUGAGCGGGACAACACCUACAAUCCGUGAUUCAAGUAU